ACAGGACAGGUAUACAGGUGAGCAGAUGACACACCUCUCUCUCUCUCUCACACACACACACACACGCGCCUGCGCGCGCGCAGUGAGGUAGGAGGGGAUCUGGAAAGGCUCCUGGGACUGCAGAUCCGGUCUGACAUGACAGGGAAUUAGAGAAGCGAGGACCAUUGCACCGCCUCGUCCUGGGAUCACCUCAGAUACCGCUCUGAUGAGGACGCGCGUUAGUGUCACUCUGACUUUUAUUUAGAUUUUGGAUUUUAAAGCGUCGCAGCGGCUCUGCAGGUCCCCAGUUGGUGUUGGGGGUUUUGACCUGACUUGUCCUGGUUUAUCGUGGACUUGUGGACUCUGUUUGCGUCGCUCAGGCUUCUCCUCCUUUGCAAUAAUGUUUCUUCCAGACCAUUAUAGUCGGAAAUAGUGGCGGAUAUUUCGGGAUCCUUUCAGAACCUGUUUGUUAGGGUGUUUUUGUUCUUGAGGGUUUUUAUAAAACCGGGGUUUUAGUUAAUCCCAGGACUGCCGACCAGGCUACAAGCACCAUGAUGAACUCGGAGGCCCUGCGGCCGGCCCCGACCGGCAGGAAGCCCCUGGGCAAGCUCGCCUCCCGGCUGGAGGAGGUGAAGAACCCGUGGCGGCAGGUCUCCACGCUGGAGCUGAGCCACAACGAGGCGGCCCGCCUGGCCACGGACGCCCUGCUGGAGCACGGAGAGCUGGAGUACCGCAGGGUCCUGACCGAGGAGCGGGAGCUCAACUUUCUGUCCCCGCUGGAGGUCCGCUACAUCACCCAGCAUGUGGCCAAAGCGUGCGGCUCCGAGAGCAACGGCACCGGCACCGGCCCCAACGACCGGGACUUCGGGGACGGGGACGCCGUGUCCGAGCUCACCUCCGGGACUUACUUCCCUAUGAUGUCCGACGAGGAGCCGCCGAUGCUGGAGCUCGGCUGGCCGGACUCCCCGGCGAGAUACGGACCGUCGGAGACGCAGAUCUACUUCCAGAGGGACAAGUCUCACAACGUCAAAGACCUCAUCAGGUCCCUGAUCAACAAAGCCAAAAAGGUGAUAGCGCUGGUGAUGGACGUGUUCACAGACGUGGACCUGCUGUGCGACCUUAUGGAGGCGUCCAACAAGCGCCGGGUCCCCGUCUACAUCCUGCUGGACGAGAAAAACCUCAGCUACUUCACAGAAAUGUGCUCUGCACUCGAUAUUCAGAACUCCCACCUAAGUAACAUGCGUAUUCGCAGUACAUGUGGGGACACGUACUGCACCAAGAGCGGCAAGAAAUUCACCGGUCAGGUCCUGGAGAAGUUUAUGAUCAUAGACUGUGAAGAGGUCAUCGCCGGGUCAUACAGUUUCACCUGGCUGUCGGCUCAGGUGCACAGCAACAUGGUGAUGCAUUUCUCAGGUCGCAUCGCCGACAGCUUCGACCGCGAGUUCCGCUGUCUGUACGCCGACUCGCAGAUCAUCGACUGCUUCUUCAACCCAGAGGAGGAGGGGAUGCCCUACUACCCGUCAUACCAAGCCAUGAUGGCCCCUGGCAUGGGCAUGGGGCUGGGCCCGGUCAUGGGGCUGGAUUUACUCUCUGACAGGCAGAACGUGUGCUCUGAAAACUCCAGCAGCCAAUCAAGUAACAGCGUGUCCAGCGUGAAGGCGGCGCCCGGGAUGACCUCUAAGACGAUCUACAAGGUCACUCAAGGUCACGACAAGAAGGAGCCCAUCAGCAACUCUCACCUGAGUCCUGAGAGGAGAGCAGGAGGACAAACCCCAGCGCCUCAGGGUCAUGUCACGCCAGGACCACGAGGCUCUGCUAACGGAGGAGCCAAUCACAGCCCGGCUGUGGAACGGCCGCCGCCGCCCUACAGUCAGCCAAUGGGCAUCGAAUGGAACAAGCCUAACCCGGUGGACGUCAUGCGGUUAAACAUGGGCAGCACCUCCUCCAAGUUCCAGGCGUUGGGGUUGUACGACCACAAGCCGAGCACGUUCCACGGCGCCGGGCUCGUCCCCGGCACCCCCAACUCAAACCUCAUCCCCAAGACCCAGACACCCUCCCCGGCCAAUGACGGCAAACUGACCCCCAAGCAGAAGACUUCCUCCAACCCGUUCCUCAACAAAUUCACAGACCUCUUCCUGCCCACAUCCAACAAAGACUUCCGGAGUCCACCGUCCCCUCACGGCACCACGCCCUGGGGGGGACCGGACCUCUCUCCAACUGAGCCUGAGACCCAGCAGAGCCCGCCGCCCCCGCUCUCUCCGGCCGUGUUGAUGAACCGGCACGACCAGAAGCGAAUGACGCUGGGCCACAGCAAGCUGGACCUGGUGAACAAAUACAACAAGAUGAACAAGCCGGUGUACAGCCGCUUCGAGCUCAAGACCCCGAAUUAGACCGGGAGUUCAGACGGAUUUCAUCUGAGUUUUAUGUUUAAAUAUCUCUUCCGAACUCUUCCUCCUUCCUGCGUCUCUUAUCGCAGUCCGUGAAGAAAAGUCUCCAUGGACUCCGGUUGUUUUUAUAAAGUGGUCAGUCCUUCGUCUUCUUCCGCAGUUCAGUGAUGCCUGGCAGAAAUCGAGGCAUUACAGCCAUGUUGGCUCAGAGGCUCCUUCCCCGUCUUCACAGAGUUCCCCCUCUUUUGUCAUGUGAGGAGCCUUUACAAGUACAGCCGGGUUGGGAUUCUUUGUGGGGUUGUAGUUUACAAAACACAUGGGGGGGAAAAAAAUCAUACAUUUAUAUUUACAAACAUAAUACGUUGAAAUUGAUGUGAAAAUCAUCCGUCAGUCCGUUUUUCAACAAUUUCUGAGUCAUCGUGUUUUCAAAAGUAAAAAGAAGGCUGUAGCUAAAAGUAGUCUGACGGGCGUUUCACGUAAACCAGGCGUAUGUCCUAACAGAAGAUCUGUCACGUUUUAAAAAUCACAAAUUGCAGCUGAAGCCUGAGAACAGAUCAUCCUCAUUUUGAAGGAAAUGUGAAUUUUUGGCCUCAACACAAAUAUUAAACAGAUAGUUAAGACUAGCAGUUGCAUUUUUUUCACUGGAGCCUCCCACGGCCUUUUCUUUAGUUCACUUAAACGAGGAUUUUUUCCACACAAUUUUAUACUUCGAGACAAUCCAUGUGACGUCAGAGCUGUAACUUGUCUAUUAACGAGAAUCUUAAAGUCAAACAGCAAUUUUAAUCCUCGUUUUUAUGUAAGGAAACAUUAUAUGUGUGCAGUGGGCCGCACAGCCGAUGAGGCGCUUUGACUUUUUGACUUAUGCACUCGCCAAGCAGUUGUGAACGGCCGCCAUCUUGAAUCCGGUAUCCAGUUCUUAUAAUGCAUCCCUGGUUCAGAUAUGGUGACUGUCAAAACUCACAGCAACACGUCGUCCUGUAACCUCAGUGCUCUGAACCUGGUUCAGAGGAACCAGGUACCUGUUGGAACUGUUUUUAGUUCCCGCCCACACAGAUUUCUGCACCAAUCAAAUGUAUUCACGCCUGAUGUAGACUUACAUUUAUUCUUUUUAGUAAUUACAGUUUUGCUCCGAUAAGUACACAAGUCAAAACAAACACCAAGGAUGUGAUAUCUCAGCAAAAAUGAAUUUUAAUUUAAGUUCGACUUUUACUUUUGUAUGUUACUUGAUGCAAACAUACAAAAACAAAAAAGUAAAAUAAAAGUUUAUUCUUCUGAAUUAAGUAGCACAGAGUAUUAGGAAUCUGUUAACAUGUGUGAAGACACAGUGAUUUAAUGAAUGUAAAGAAAACGUUUUCAUCCUUUUCUUUCUUAUUCAACAGUUUUGCUUGGAUUAGCUCGUCCCUGUAACACUCCUGUAUUAUUAUAGUGUAUAUAACAUGUGCCUUGAUCAUCCUGCCUUAAGGUUUACAGUAACAGUUUAUCUCCAGUGUCUUCAAAUAAGUGUUAAUAACGGUGCACACACGCCUAUUUGAAGCCGCUGUCACUACAGGGAACAAAGCUUGUUGUAAAUGGAAGCAGAAGCAGUGCGACGAUAUUCCUGGUGCUGUAUCUCAUUACAGACGUGGGAGAUCAGGCGUGAGUGUAGAAAGUGAACGGCUUUGGGGCGAUGGAGGUGACAAAAAUCAACAAGACAGUUGUGAGAAGACGCUGCUUGUCAUAUCUGUUUAAAGAACGAGCAUUUACAUUUUACAGUGCUGUCAUACACUUCAAAUGAGUGUCUUCAUUACAUUACAGAGGAGCGUUUCCUCAUACUGUAGAUUUUUUUUUUUACAAUAAACAGCAUUUUUUUUUUCAAAUAUGUAGAUGUGUAUAUAAACUUCUAAUCAACUGUUAAUCAAAUUGGAUACAGUUAUUAAUACUAAUUGUAUUAUUUCCAUAAUGUGUUGAAUUAGUAAUUUUUUUGUGAUGAACUGUGCUGGCGUACAGUCGUUUUGCAUCACUCUACAGGGCUUUCCAGAUAAUUCCUCCCCAGCGCGGAGCAGCAGUGCGGCAGGCAUUGAAAACGGAUUUUCGUUUUGUUGUCACCUGAGCAAUAACGAUCGACGCUGAUCAGUUAUUUUGAUACAUGUGUUUUCAUUUUGUGUGUGUUUUUGUUUACUGCUCAUUGUUGUUGUUUUUGUCAUCACUACAAUCAUCAUCUACGUGUCGUGUUUGACUAACUAAUGUAUAUCAUGUUGUACAUAGUGUAUGAACCGACUGUCAGGAAUUUGGGUUAUUGUUAAAGAAACUUAAACUGAUUUGUUUUGUUAUUUUAUUUUUACAACAUGUUAUUUACUGGAGAAUGUGAACUUUCUGUGAUGAAGUUGGUCUUAAUUUGUAAGAUGACAUAAGGAUUUAAUAAAACAAAAAGUUGAAGUUAA